AUCGAGGCCCACUGCGUCACGUGGUUCCGGUGGAGCCUAGACAAGGCAGAAAGUACAGGGAAAGAUGGCGGCCUGUGCCUUACGGCGAACCUUCCUGAGCAGUGUCAGCAACUACAGCAAGAAACACACACAGAGAAUACUGAGUGUGACGGACACCUGUAGCGGGUUUGAGGCGUAUAAAAAGCGGUUACAGUGCCGAGCCUGCGGGCUACAGCAGAGCCAGAAGCGGUUUAUGUCGUCACGGAACAGGCCCGAAGGAAAGAUUUUGGAGACUGUUGGAGUGUUUGAGACCGUAAAGCAGCACGGCAAAUACGAGACAGGACAGCUGUUUCUUCACAGCGUAUUUGGCUACAGGGGCAUUGUCCUGUUUCCUUGGCACGCCCGCCUCUAUGACCGAGACAUCACCCCUCCCGUGUCCGACAGCAAGCCCGAUCCCCCCGGAGCCCACGGCUCCAAAGAGGUGAAGGGGAAGACUCACACCUACUACCAGGUCCUCAUCGACACCAGAGACUGCCCUCACAUAUCUCAGAGGUCUCAGACUGAAGCAGUGACGUUUCUAGCCAACCAUGAUGACAGCAGAGCUCUGUACGCCAUUCCAGGUCUGGACUAUGUGAGCCAUGAGGACAUCUUGCCCUAUAACUCUACAGAGCAGAUCCCAAUCCAGCAUGAACUGUUUGAGCGCUUCCUCAUGUACAACCCAACAAAAUCCCCUCCGUUCACCGCCAGAGACACCCUGAAGGCGUGGCAGGAGAAGAACCACCCCUGGUUGGAGCUGUCUGAUGUUCACAGAGAGACCACCGAGAACAUCCGAGUCACCGUAAUUCCCUUCUACAUGGGAAUGAGGGAGGCCCAGAACUCCCACGUCUAUUGGUGGCGCUACUGUAUCCGUCUGGAGAACCUGGGCAAUGAGGUGGUUCAGCUGAGAGAACGGCACUGGAGGAUCUUCAGCCUGUCGGGAACCCUGGAGACGGUCCGAGGACGAGGCGUUGUAGGCAGGGAGCCAGUGUUAUCUAAAGAGCAACCAGCCUUCCAGUACAGCAGCCAUGUGUCUCUGCAAGCCCCCAGUGGUCAUAUGUGGGGGACUUUUCGUAUUGAACGAACUGAUGGCUCCCACUUUGAUGUCCGGAUUCCUCCUUUUUCCUUGGAGAGCAACAAAGACGACAAAGCGCCCCCUGCUGCUUACACAUUCUGAGAGGAUUCAGACAUCUCGCUGGCCCUGCCUGCUAAUCUGCUGCUGUCCUCGGUCUCUAACCCUGCCACAGCAUCUGUUCAGGUUACGGGGAACCAUCAAAGAAACCCUCCUUUAGUCUGUCAGGAAGCCCCAGCAGCAGCAGGAGUGUGUGAUUGAUUAACCGACAGUGUAGAAACUGGCUCUGCUGUUCUGUGCAUUCUCACCAUUCAUUUGAAGCCAUCUAACAAACCCAUGCUGGCGAGUUGACGCGUGUGUCUGACGCGCAGGUACCGGCAUAUCGAGCAGGUUGUUUUUAACUUGUGUUUCAGGUCGAGGCUUCGCGUCAUUCAGAAAGGCGUUUAUUCACCGGUCCCCGUUUGAAAACCAGCUCUGUCUUUACAGAGCUUUAGGGGUUUGUUAUUUAAUGUCAGGAGUUCUGCUCUGCAUCUGUUUGUUCUGUUUUUGUCAUUCAUUAUUGGUAUGAAAUUACAGCUGAGACACUUUGUAUAAGUUUUAGACUUUUUACAACAGAGAGUCGACAGUGGAACACACCGGACAUCAGUAUACGCCAUCAGUAAACACUAAUUCUGCUUCAGUCACGGACUCGGGAGCAAAAGUGUGUGACGGAAGCUAAAAUCCCCAGUUUCAUCAUGAUGAAUUAUUCUGAUCUGACCAAACCCAGACGCUAUGCAAACACACAGCGUGUUUGCUUUGAUGCGUUGGAGGUUUAAGAGAAAGAUGAGCUCUAGUUACUGCCUGGAAAUCCACAUUAGCCUGUAAUAACUUGGACAGAGGAAGGACUUGUGUGUCGCUGUUUCCUUCAGCCUGCAACACAUUUGUUCUGUUAGGUAUUAAUGGUAGCAACAGUUACAAAGGCCAUCAGACCUCGUAGAUGGUGGAUCACCGAACUGUGUUAGACCCUUUGUGAAGCCAUGAGAGGAUCAAAAAGGUGUUCCAGACCUUUGGAUGUGUGUUUCUGUGGAAAAGGGGAAUGUUUGACCUGGUUCUGAUGGCCUGUCUUUGAGAAACCGUCAUCAUUACUGAAAGGAUAGAUGAGCUAACGGCUAGUCUGAUACAGUGCUGCUUUGGGUAAGUGUUAGGAACCUGGGUCUGGAAAAUUACCAUUUAUCUCUGGUCAUUAUUUCAUAAUUCUGCUGAAAUAACCAUGAAUUAGGAAAUUAGUAAGGGCUUCACUUCUAUAAAGAUUAUUUUUAUUACUAUUUACAAAAAAAGAUGUCCACUGUGACUCACUGUUGAGAGCCAGCUAGUCUCCAGAAUCCAGCGUUGACAGCCAGGAGAGGAUGGUCCUGGUCCUGCGGCGGCUUCAGGGGAGUCUUCAGACUGAAUUACAAGCCAAGCUAGCAUGUGUCACAGAGAUGAGGCACGUUCACCUGUAACUCUUAUUUAUCUGUGCAGAGACCGCCAUGUGAGCCAAACACUUCUCCCCAAGUGAAGACGCUAAUGUUGCUCUAGGGAGUGGUUUAAGGAGCUAUGAUGUUUGAAAUACUGUAAAUAGAGAUGUAAUUAAAGCUGGAAGGAUUAAAACUCUACAAAAACGGA